UUGACAGUAACAGGGUUGACUAUUUUAAGCUAAUCUGCCUGUGGCUAUGUUAAAUAAGUGCUAGCUAAAGUGCAAGUUAGGUACCUUGAAAGGUAAUUACUUGUAGAUAUUGAUUACAUUUUGAGAAAUAGAAAAUUGUUUAGGUUUAUGUGUUAAAAAGUGGUAACAGUGUUGACAGUAACAGGGUUGACCAUUUUAAGCUAAUCUGCCUGUGGCUAGCUUAAAUAAGUGCUAACUAAAGUGCAAGAUAGUUACUUUGAAAGGUAAAUGCUUGUAGAUAUUGAUUAUAUUUUGAGAAAUAGAAAAUUGUCUAGGUUUAUAUGUUAAAAAGUGGUAACUGGGUUGACGUUGUAUGUUUGUCCCCCCUGGUUAAACCUUGAAAAAACUUCAAAAAAAGGACAUCAGAGAUGCGAUAAACUUAAGUGUCACUGAGCUGUUAGCAUCCUGGCUCCUGUCAAAUCUUUGUAUUUUUUUUUCAUGUCAAAUCUGGAAUGUACAGUUAUUUUAAGGGUUUUUUAGUUAGGGUAACAGGGUUGACAUGAAAUCAGUGUGGGAUGCCAUGUUAACUACAAAAAUGUUAAAAGUCUGUAAAAGGUGGUGGUUACUCAAAUAUGGUUACAGAGGACUCGUUCUGAGUCAAUAAAAACUUAUUUUUUUCAGGCAGUUGUUCAAUAAUUAAAGUCAACAUGAAUAUUAAAUCCAAUUUCUACCAUGUCUUUUCUGUUUAAACUUGAAACUGCACCUUGAAAUAUUAUGUACGUCGGUUAAAUAUGAAAAUAAACACAAAGCCCAUUAAGUGACUUGAUUUUUCAAAUACUAUACCACCAAUAGCAUCUUACAGUGGAGUCAUAUCACAGUAAUAUGAACGCAGUGAAGCACUCGCUCUGCUCCAGUCUGCUCUAAUACUGCAGGUGGGCGGGGCGCUACAUCCGGGUACUCCCGCUGACCCGUGACGUGACCCUGCAGGAUCGCAAACAUGGCGGAGGUAAGAAAGUGAAAUAAAAAUAAGGAAAAUAUUAAUUUGUGCUGCUAGCUGGUUAUUUCACUCGAAUGUGUGCAUAUUUAGUGUGUUGUAGCUUUAAAACACGGAAUCGGGAAUUGGCGAUUCGGGUUGUUUGAUAUGUGUCAUUUGUUGACAGGGGUUGUUUAGUAAACUUCGGAUUUAGCUAACGCUAGCAUGGUUAGCUCUGACGGAAGGUAGCUGCAGCGUUAACCAUGUUACUUCGCGGUAUUGUUUAACAACACCUAACUAUGCAAAGUAGCCUUGUAAGUUCAGUUUAUGGUGGUAUUUUCUUUGCUAGAGACAUUAUCUUUUUGUAUUUUGGUCAUUUUUCGCCGGCUGCUGAUCUCAAGCUUAACUUAGACGCGUUAGCUAAAUAUUAAAAGGAGAAUUAGCUCGUAGUUUGUCAUUUAAGUUAGCCAGGUGAGCGGAUAAGCCCAGGAGGACCUCACCUAUCGUCGUGUACUAUGUUUGAGGGCACACAUUUGCACACAGAGUUUUCUAUCAUCUUGAAAUGCUGCCUUCAUGUUUUCCAGGACGUGGUGUCAGUCUUCUUUGUUUCUGUUUCACUGAUCUGGAGUCAGCUCUCACAGUCCGCCGCGCUUUUUUCCCCCACACACAUGAAACAUUUUUGCUCCCUCGCCCGCCUCUUUAAUUCUGUUUUAGCAAGUUUUCUAUCACUGCCAACACUCUCUUGUUGUCCAUAUGAUAAGACAUUUCUCACUGAAGCUGUUUCUUAACUUUAUCUAUGUUUCUCUCUCUUUCUCGGUUUGUAGCCCUCCCUCGGGAACUCGAGCCCAGGUACUUUUCUGUUGAAUCACUUGCCCAAACUUGAAGGUAUUCAGGUGGAUUCACCAUGUAACUUCUAUUCAUACAAGUAAAGUCAGAAAACUAUGAAACCUGCAAAUCUCCAUAUACUGGAUCAAACACUUUCACUAUAAGAGUCAAUGACGUGACACCUAAAUAUUCUGUCCGGCUGUAGUUUUUUUUAAGUUAAAAAAGGUUUAAAUGCACAAAAAUAUACUUUAUAUAUGUAGUAUCUCUCUCAUAUAUGUUGUCACUUCAACUUUUCAAAUAUCAGGUCUAAUUUGUAAUUUUUCUGAACUUCAAAGUGUCAAAAUAUGUUGUGCGACCAAUAAUAACAUUAGUUGUAUUAAAUACAAACUAAAAUAUCUAACUUCUGUAACUGAAACAUUAAUACCUGAUACAACAUGCUUAAGUGAAAGGUAGUUUUAAAACAUUUUUAUCAGUAUUAUGCAAUUUAAAGAAAAAAUUAGUCAGUUAACUACAUUGAAUUUAGUGACUGUGACAUUAUAGAGCUAAAAUGUGAGAUCAUUAUUUACAAAAACUCAAAUGAAAUGCAAACACUGUGUUUCUAUCCACUUGAUAUUACUGACAAUUUGUAAUUUAAAAAAAAACUAUAAAGUCUGUUAAAAGAAUGUAAUAAUUUUGAGAUAAAUUAUGGUCGUACCACAUGACAUUUUUUAAGGCCACGGGCAAUUCACCUAUAUGAAAAAACACUAAAAUUGCGUAAUUUAAAAAGUUAACACUAAUUUUUGUAUACACAACAUCUCAGUGUUUGAACUUUUGCAAAAUAUAUUCUUAUUUUUGCUAUUUUAAAAUUGGCAUGUUUAAAAACCUUCUACGUCAUUGACCCAUAAGCACUGAUACAUAUCAAAUUGUGUUCCUUGAGUGUGAUACACAAGCUUGAUAAUGAUAGUGAUAAAUUAUUCAUGAUAGAUGUUUACCAGAGGUGUAUAUACAACUGCUAUACUUAAGAAAAACUGAUAAAUAAUACUUUUAAUUAUAAUCAUGAGUCAAAAUAAAAAAUUAUAUUGAAAUUACAGGCAAAAUCUACACUAAUUUAUCCAAAUGAGGCUUGAUUUUAGAAACUUUUAAAAAAUGCAAAAACGAAAAGUAUAUAUACUUUGUGUUACCAAAGUUUCAUUUUCAUAAUAAGAGUCAUUGUCAAACAUAUUCCAACAUUAAAUUCCCUUAAACAAAGUACUCAUUGUUUCAAAACAAUGUAGAAAAGUUAGUUUUCCUGUGCUUUGGGGUUCUACAUAGACGAACAGAUUUUUAUAUCAUCAGCAGUUGUGAAAUUGCCUUAACUUAGCUGUCUAUCCCUUCAGUAUCUCUAUUCUUGAGUAAAAAGUUAAAAGCCAAUGAUCCUCUAUUUCAUCCAAUAAGUUUGAAUGGGGAAAAAGCAGGUCAUAUGCAUGCUGAUAAUUAAAAAAAAAAAAAAUCUCAUCAUCUAUACUUAAUUUCAUACUGCAUGUUGUAUUUGCAUUCGCUCGAACAAAAAGCAUUAGCUAGACCUCAAAUAAAAGUUUAACCCAUUAAAUUCUAGUCUGAAAAAGUUAAAUGCUCACUUUGUUUGGAAUUACUUUUCCAGGAGGUUCAGCAGGUUCCGAUGACCAUGAUUUCGACCCAUCAGCAGACAUGCUUGUGCAUGAUUUUGAUGAUGAACGCACCCUAGAGGAAGAGGAAAUGUUGGAGGCAUCAGAUGAAACCAAUGCCAAUGAAAUAGAGGAUCUUGCACGGGUGAGUUUCAGACUGAGAUUUUUCUUGUUUGUUGCUCAGCAUUUGAACACUACUGGUAACUCUUAUAUCAUGAUUAGAAUUAUAGCUUAGUUUUUAACAUUCAGACCAAAUUAACCCCCUUAUAAAUGUUUAGGAUUAUUUUUGUGUUGAAUUCUGACACUAGGUGAAUUUUCUGUCUACAGGAGGGAGAGAUGCCCAUUCAUGAGCUGCUGAACCUAUACGGUUAUGGUGGUGGUUCACCACCAGAUGAGGAUGAAGAGGAGGAUGAAGAACCAGAGGAAGAAGAGGAAGAUGAGGAAGAGGAUGAUGAUGAGGACUUAGACAACGAUGAAAGCAGCAGAAGCACCAGCGAGUUGAAAAGAAAUGAGGUGUGUUGAUGUUUUUUGAUUCAGUCGACAGUGAUGUGGUUUCCAUUAAAUUCACCAGUUUAAUUGUGUUGACUGGUGUUAGAAACUUCAGCCUUACAACCGACACUGUGUGUUUUCAGGGCGAGGGGGUGAAAAACUCGUCAGUACAGGAGGAUGAGGCCACGGCGUCCUCUGAGGGCCGCACACGCUCAGUCAGAUCCCUCGGCACUGCAGAACUGAUUCGUCCUCAGAAGCUCAAAUACUUUGAAAGUUUGUACCAAACCUUGAUUUCUUUCACUUUCCUCUCCCCUCACACUUGGAUAAAUGAGAGAUGUUGAAAUCUGAACCAUUAAGAAUAACUGGAUUGUGGUGAGCUCAUUUGGUUUCUUGGUUAUCUCACCGUGUCACAGGUAACAAUGAUGCAGAGGAGGAGUCAGAUGAAGAUGAGGACUAUGUUCCAUCUGAAGACUGGAAAAAGGUACGAAACAACAUUAUCAGACUGCCAGACUUAUGAAGUAUCACAUUAUAGCUGGAGUUUAACCAUGAAAUUAUCGGUCAGAAAAGUAGACCACACAGUUUACUGCAUGAAACAGUCCAUAAAUUACACUUUUACUCUGAAAGAAUCACAAGAGAUCAGCCUACCCAACUACUAAAGCUAUCAGCGUACCACUGGAAAGUGAUUCUUCUGGAUAAAUCCAGAACUCCAGACUUUCCGACCCUAAGAGGUGAUCCAGAUAAAUCAUGGGUUGGAUAUCAGUAAAAACACGCUAAAUCAACCAUUCCUGCUUUUUUGUCUGAUGCUAAUCACACGUCUGAGUCUAGUAUAACUGAAGCAGAAUCAGCAGGAUCAACUACAAAGCAAAACUGAGGAAAUAUGUAGUCUGUGAAAAUUAAGGCUGAAAGGGCUCAACAUUUAGCUGUGUGGCAUGCUGCUUUAUUUCUUUCUUUCUUUUAUGCCUGUCUUUGUUUCUUUCUUUCUUAUUUGCUUCGUCAAUGGGAGGGAAAAAUGUUUUACAUGUUAGUAAUGCGUUUUGUAAAAAGCUCUUUUGGUCUUUUAGCAGCAUUUCUCUGGUAGCUUCCUUCAUCAUCAACAUUUAAAAAACAUUGUCCCAUUCUGCUAUAUGCUAACUGUGGUCACAUGCAUUUGUGUUUUCCUACUAAGUGAUUAUUUCUGUAAUGUCAGACUGAUCAGUCAACCCAGUAUUUGGUUAAUUUUAAGGUCUGAGGCCAAGCAGUAGUGUGGCCAAAGCAGAUGUAGUAGACUGCACUGAACUUUUCUAACAGAGUACAUUUUUAAAGAGAAAGCAAAUGUUAAUUAUUUUGUAGGACUGAUUUUAUUACAGCAGAAAUAUGUAGUAAAAGUCAGCCCGUCUUUACGCAGUCUCUAUGAUGUACUUGUUACCUACAGGAGAUCAUGGUGGGCUCUAUGUAUCAGGCUGAAACUCCGGUUGGCCUGUGUAAAUAUAAAGACAAUGAAAAAGGUAAGUCUCACUAUCAAUAUCUGCAUAUUAAAUAUUAACAUUUUGUGACCAUGUGGGUCUGAAAGAAGAAAACUUUGUCCAGAAGACAAAAGUUUGACUUUGACUUUUUCCUUUUUCCUGAAGUAUAUGAAAACGAUGACCAGCUGUUGUGGAACCCCGAGUGUCUCUCUGAAGACAAAGUGGUGGAGUUUUUGACAGAGGCAUCAAGGCGGACGGGGGAGGAGAAGGGCGUGGACGCAAUCCCAGAGGGGUCGCAUAUCAAAGACAAUGAGCAGGUGACCACAGUAUAGAUUAGGCUCCGUUCUGAAGGAUAAUUGUCUGAAGUAUAUUUUUUCUCCUCUUAGAACAAACCCAUGAAAAAAAUAAACCCGUCAUUAAAUUAAGUUUGCCACUGGCUGUUAUGAUGUUUAGUCAAAGCUUGGAGGAUUAUAAUUCCUUUGUGGAAAACCUGUUACAGCACGUCUGUGAGUGACAGUAACCAGAUUUACUGAACUCAUCUGUAACCAGUGAGUUUCCCCCUCUGAAUACAGAGCUGACAGUUUUACUCUGACCACAAAGAGAUUCUGUUUAUGUGGCAGCACAGACUAGAGCAGGAAGAUAAAUAAAGGAGAUGAUGAAAAAGCUUUUCAUGAUCAUUUUCUUAAUAUUUACAAUAUAAUCAAUUCAAGUACAUGAAGAUAAGAGUUUGCUUUCGUUUUUUUAAGAGUGUUAAAAAAAUCUUAUGCCUCCUUUACAUCUAUAUCUUUACAGUUUUACAUACUUCUCCACAUACAUAUACUCGCAUUCUGUUGCUCUAAAACAGUGGUUCUCAAGUCCAGUCCUCAAGGCCCACUGUCCUCCAACACACCUGAUUCAAAUGAUCAGCUCGUUAUUAAGCCAUUACAGAGCUUGAUAACGAGCUGAUCAUUUGAAUCAGGUGUGUUGGAGCAGGGAAACAUCCAAAACAUGCAGGACAGUGGGCCUCGAGGACUGGACUUGAGAACCACUGCUCUAGAACACACCUUUACACCCCUUAUGCUUCACCAUCAAUGUUCUGGAGGUGUAAUGGUGGGAGUUGUAAGAAAGUGUAACAGAGGGAAGACAGAAAAAGGUCUGAGCUAGCUGAGGAUGUGUGAAUCUGUGCGUAUGUGAAGCUCAUGCUGUGUGGUUUUUACGCCAUGCUGCUGGUGCUUCUCCAACACUAGGACAGCAGUAUUACACUAUUUAUGUAUACACUACACAGACAGCAGAGCUUUGUAAACAGACUUGUUGGACUUUAAUUUUAAUGCGGUUUUCCAUGGCUGAUUAAAAGUACUUAAAAAGGUUAAUUUGGGAUCCUGGCGAAUCACUGCAGCAUUUUUUUGUCAUUUUACUCCAUUAAAAACAGUUACUGUAGUUUGUUUGGAGUCACUGAACAAGUUUUAGCUGACACACUCUGUCUACUUCUGUUGAGUCAUGUCUGCUGAAGUCUUAUCCAGUCUGCACACAUCUAUUUCUGUAACAUUCUUGGCCUUUUUGUAAGAAACUGCUCAUUUUUAAAAUGUUCAUCCCAGGCAAAAAGGAGCAAGCUCGGAGGUCAGGAAGUUUAAAAGGCUCGUUGAUAUGUAGUUGUUGUCUCCACUGGGUUGUUGACAAUCAGAAAAAUACCCAUCAUUCUGCCACAAACUAGAUUAGAGAUGCCAAUGCUGUGUCACAUGUUUAUCUCUGUUCAUACCAGUUAACUUGAUUUGUCAUUUGUCUCUGUGCAGGCUUUGUAUGAACUGGUGAAAUGUGAUUUUGACACAGAGGAAGCUUUAAGAAGACUGAGGUUUAACGUAAAAGCAGCCAGAGGUGAGGACAUAAUUACGCCUUUCUUAAAACCUCCUUUCUAGUUUGAUCUGAAUUUUCUGGGGCACAGCUCUCUUUGCCUAAUAUGCUAUAUUUUUAUUGAAAAAGCAUGCAAGUUUUAUUUUGAAGGAGAUUCUGUGGAAGCAGCAAUAACACUCAAUUGUCUUUGUAACAGAGGAGCUCUCAGUCUGGACUGAAGAGGAAUGUAGAAAUUUUGAACAAGGACUUAAAGCUUACGGGAAAGACUUUCAUUUAAUACAGGCCAACAAGGUAGGUCUUUAAAAAUCCACAUUCAUGAAAUGCUAAUUUUACCAUUGAUUUAACAUUCAUGUUGACUUGUUUGCUGGUGUGGCUGUUUGAUGCUCAGGGUUGGAAUCAGCUACAUUUCAACCUUGUUGCAUUCUGAGACAAAUCAAAUUUCUGUUUUUCAUCCUGUAAAAAUGAUCAUGAGAUGAUGAGCUGUUAGGCAAUAAUUUGAUUUGUCUCGCAUUUAAAAUGAACUGAAUCUAUAUUUUCAGACGAUGGUAAUUAAUGGUUAUUUCAUGUCUGCUGAAUUAAAUCUUUCAGGUGAGAACUAGGUCUGUAGGAGAAUGUGUGGCCUUUUAUUACAUGUGGAAGAAGUCUGAGCGUUAUGAUUUCUUUGCACAGCAAACCAGACUUGGGAAAAGGAAAUACAACCUUCACCCUGGUGUCACGUAAGUUUGAGUUUAUUCCACAAAUGAAUAAUCUUUUUCAGGGUGAUGUGUGUUUUUUGUUUGCAACAGACAGGUUUUUCAGCGAUUUGUUGUCCUUAACCCCACUGUUUUGAAACCUGUUGCUGACAUCAAAUUAAAAAUUAGCAUGCAUUUGAGGAAAAAAUCAGUUUCAACAUUUGAUAUGUGGUCUCAGCAGUAUUUUCUAUGAAAUAUAGGGAGAUAAUUUUGUUUGGUAAAAUGUGUCUUUUGAACUCAAAUUGUUACCAAAUUUUAUUCUGUGUUACUCAAUAUAAUUUACAGAUGUAACAUCUGAAAAAACACAUAACUUGUAAAAAGAACCUUGUGUUUGUUGAGCCAAAGCCAGAUGACAGUAUGAGUCAAAGAAAUGGAUUGCACUGAUUGUGUUAGCUACAGGGACUCCCUGUAAUAAUCUCUACUCUGCCGCUGAGGUUGUGUGUGAUGACUUGUUUGCUGUUGUGUGUCAUCAGAGAUUACAUGGAUAGAUUACUAGAUGAGACGGAAAGUGCUACAUCCAGCCGAGCAGCAUCACCUCCACCCACCACCUCCAGCAGCAGCACCAGCCAUUCAGAGAAGGAAGACAGCAGCAGUCAGAACGGUGAGAUUAUCAUCAUUGAAAUGUAAUACCCGUAUUUCUGAUAUUAGAGUGCACACACGGAGGUUCUUCUAGGAUUCUUUUGGUCAUAUAGACAGAGCCAAGACUUUAAAGGGGACCUGCCAUCAAAAUUUAAAAAUUGGCAGGUCCCCUUUAAAGAAAUUGUACUUGUUAAAACAAAGUGAAUAGAGAUCAUUUUAAAAUUUAUUUUUUAACUUUUUUUUUCAACUCAUGUUUUUAUGGAGUGACAGUGAUCAAAUGUUUCAGCAUUAGGGCCUGUGUCCACUAAUGUUAUUAGGGCCUGUGUCCACUAAUGGCAUAAGGGCCUGUGUCCAUUUAAGAGCACUUAACCUGCUGCUUGGAUAUGAAAGCUCUCCCUUGGUACUUUUACCUUCCUCCAUUUUGGCUGUUGUCAUAGUUUUAAAGUGUUUACAUGUAUGUCAAAUGUUGCCAGUGUCUAACGUCUUUGCUUGUCACAGGUAUUGCCAGCCAUAACUCCAGCCACCCAGUCGAGGGUCCUCAGUUACUCCCAGCAAAUGCAGUCAAACCUGAGCCCAUUCAGUCCAACGGUCCCUCCCAUCCCCCAGUGGAAGCUCCGCCUCCCAUUUCAGACAACAACUCCAAUGGCUGCAGUCAACCUAGCGCACCCAGCCACGACCGAAACGGGUCUCUGGAGCCGCUGCUGGACCACAGAGACACAGCAACACAAGAGAAGCCGGCCAAGAGGUGCAGGACCGAGGCAGAAACGCUGGGUCAGAGUGAAGUGGAACCAUCCAGAACACAGGAGAACUGAAGGACCCAGGUGCAGAGCUCAAGUUGUAGACUAAGAGACACUGAAGCGGGGUGAAAGAAUCGUCCAGACUUUGUCACUGCAGAGGUAAGAGGAUGAUGAAAAUGAGCCCCUGUUGGCUUGUGAGCACAUUUUUUCUUGAGAGAAAGGACUCCCUACAAAGGUCACUGAAGGGCACCUUGAAGAACACAGCCAACCAAAUUGCAGCUAAUCCUCCAGGAGGGGCAGCAAGCUUCCCUGGUCCCUCCACUACAUCCAUGUACUGACUGGCUGCGAAGCUCAUCCCAAAGCGCCACAGCUCCAUCACAACCUCCAAAAAUGACACAUUUCCUUCGUCAUCGGCUCUAUUCCCUCUCUGGAGACUUGACUGACUAAAUUUUUUGCCAAGAAUUUCCUUUUUUUUCUAUUUGUACUCAAAGAAAAGAAAUCACCUGUGAUAUUUUUUUACACAAGAGAUAUUUAUAUUUUUUAGCAAAAGAAAAUUAUGAUGGGUAGCUGCAGUUCAAAGCUCUUUGAACAUUUGAUGAGACAGGCGACAUGUUGAAAAAGAGUAUGUGCUUAAGUUUGUCAAAAAGAGGCAAAGUAGGCAAACGAGUCUGGCUGUUGUGUAGCUGGUCUUCUUUAGUUGCACUUUGAUUGUAUGUUUCUCUUUGUUAUCGAUGAGGAGUGGUGUCGAAACCCAGCAGAAAUACAUUUUUCACUCCUCUUUUGAAUCUGCUCCGGCCUCUGUGUGUCACAGCUGUUUGUUUAAUUCUGAUAAAUAAACCGAUGGGUAGCUUCUCCUGCAGGUUUAUUUGUGUAAAGCAGCUGACAUCAGUGAUGUCCUGUAUUAUAACUCAUGAUGUAGAAGAUGGCUGUAUUUUUGGAUUUCCAUGGUCAGUGCUUUGCUCAACGCUUUGUUUUUACUAGACAGAAUGUCCGUGGUUUUUAUUGUAAAGUUUGUAUAGAUUUCUUACCUUGACCAGUUGGUACAUUUUUUAUAAUAACUGUCAGUUCACCCCUGUAUUUUCUGGUCUUCUAUGAAGCCUGUGCUUCUUGUCGACAAAUCUUUCGCUCUGAGAUGGAUGUAACAAAAAAGUAGCCAUUCCUCUUCGCCCUCUCUGCCAGGCAGCACUUCCCAUUCCUGUGUGACCUUGCUUGAACCGAUAUGUAUGUUGCAGAGAGCCUCGUCUUUUGUCUGCAGUCGAGUGUGCAGCUUGCCUUUGGUGAAACGCCUCUUUAAAAGCUUAGUUUCCACCAAUAUUAACUGUCUCUUUCCUCAGUCGGUGGCUUCAGAGCAGAUCAACAGUCCAGGUUGAGAGCUGUAAGACCUUCAGUUGUUUUGGUACAGUAGCUGUUCAGCUUAAGGCCUUUGUGUUUUACUUUCAUUCACACAUUAAGAUAAGUUUGUCUCAGAUAACGUUGAUCCAUGUAGUCUUUUCUUUCUCUUUUGUUGACAACUAUGUCUUGUUUAAUUUUUUUUUCUCUGUAAAUGAUGACAUGAAUAAAAGUGAAGUGUAUUCCAAGACUGGUUAUGAAUGGAAUAGCAUUGGUGAUAUUUAAUAAAUGUAUUAAUGAGUCUGAG